AUUCUUGUCGCAGCCAUAGGCGCAACUGGGCACGGUUACCGUACAUCAGAGUAAAAUUGUCAUUACAUCUCUAAAUGUCAUUUACACGAAGAUGUGAUUGCAGAUUUGACUGAGGGGAAUUGAAUUUUAACCUUUGGCAUGGUGAAGUGUCAAGGUUUGAAUGAAGAUCGUGGACCGUGUGGACUUGACCUACAGGAAGCUGCCAGGUUCUGUCCAGAAUGUGGUACACCUGUACCAAAACGUACUGUUUUGGAAAAACCUAAAGAUACUGUUCCUUGUCCUGGAACAUAUGAAGGAAAUCCAUGCAGCAACACAGAACUUACCCAUGGUCAGAGAUUCUGUGUUUUUUGUGGAUGGAAAGUAAACCAGUCCAUAUUUGAGCCAGGGUCCAUAGUGUGUGGGGCAGACAGGGGAGAAACACGGUGUACAGGAAUCAUCAAGAAAAAUGAAACUACCUGUCCCAUUUGCGAAUCUGAGAAAGGUGUUGCACCACCAACAAUACAGAAAGACCAGGUAAACCCUGAUAAUGGUAAGUCUGUGAUCCAGUCACAGUCUGGGCAUGGGAAAUCAACUCUAAAAAGAGAGCAGUCUGAGAAAGAGAGUGUGGAAAACCCUGCUACAGCUCAGUCAGCAAAUGAUAAACCAGGGACCCCUUUUCAGUGGUCAGAGUCUGAUCGAGAUGGUGCAGUGUUACCACCAAAAAUCCCUCGUCAUACAGAAGGAAAAGAGAGCGACUGUAAAGAAGUGGACAUUGAAAUUGACGAAUCUAACGUUAGAUCCAGUCUUGAGAACCAAACACUACUAGGACCUGAAAUUUCACAGCAAUUCACAGGACAAAAAUCUCAGACUUCUGCAGCAAAGUUGAAGUUUAUAUAUGGUGAGGGAGCAGAAGGUUCUACAGGUAUAGACAGAAACAAGUUACAACAAGGAGAAACAUCUGAUGAUACAACUCAACUACCCAACCAGAGAGACAACACUGGUUCUACAGGUACAGGUCAGCAAUUACCAGAAGGACAAGGAAAUACUUCAGAACCACCAAGAUCAAAAAUCAAAAUUUUGUAUGGCAAUGAAGAUAAUAAGGUUGCACCAGGUGCCCAAAGUACCUCAGAGAAUGAUAGUUAUACUCCGACACAGACAUCACGUAGAUUCCAGGCCAACAUCAAAAUUCUUCAGAAUAAUGAGAAAUCAGGUGAAAGCCCUUGUGAGAAAUCAGAGAAGAGUAAUGGUAAUAAACCUUAUCAAGGAGAUACUUGGGAGCCAACAUAUUCCAUUACUGGGGAUCAGACCAACAUGCUGUCAGCACAAACCUUUACAAGAGAUGUUGUUUCUGAUGUCACAACAAAGUCUGCAUCUAGUCCUGAGGACAUCACAGCAAGAGGGGAUGGACCAGCACCAGAGCCUAUGUCUAUACAGGAGAGUGGGACAGACGCUGCUUCAGCCCUUCCUAGCCAUGCAGUACAACUUCCACCAGAGAAUGACAGCAGUAAAACCACAGCAAGAGGGGAUGGACCAGCACCAGAACCUAUGCCUAUACAGGAGAGUGGGACAGACACUGCUUCAGGUCUUAGCCAUCCAGUACAACAUACACCAGAGAAUGACAUCAGUAAAACCACAGCAAGAGGGGAUGAACCAGCACCAGAAGCUAGGUCUAUACAGGAAAGUCGGACAGACACUGCUUCAGCCCCUCCUAGCCAUCCAGUACAACAUCCACCAGAAAAUGACAGUACUCAAGUCAGCAAGUCACAGAAAGGCAUUUUCAAUUUCAUCGGUGGUUCUAGGCAAAAGACUAAUAAUGAUGUUUGGCAGAGUCCAGAUAUGAGGUUUGGAAAUGAAUCAAAAUCAGAUGAAAUAAAGGAUGCUCAGCUGUUUGGUGACAAUAGUUCGUCUAGUACAGAAACUUCAGACAUUUCAAAGUCCAUAACAAAGGCAUCAACACCAUCUUCCCUUUUCUCUUUGAGUCAAAAAUCAACAAAUGAUAGUGUCCAUACAUCUCCUGUAGAGACAGACAUGGAUAUAGAUACACACCUGCAAAAUCAGAGUGCUGCUUCAGCAGUGAGCAUGAGUGACAAGGAAAGUGAGUCUAGUAAUGAGGAUGAUGAUGAAAACAGUCUUAACCAAAAUGAAGAAUCCCAAAAGAAAAAACUCAAAGAUAAGAAGACUGGCGGUGCCAAAAGCAAAAGAGGAAAAAAGAAAGAGAGAAAAAGGAGGAAAGAAGAAGAAAAAAAGAAAGAAAAGACAGAUGUACCUGAUAAAAAAGGGAAAGGUCAAAAACAUAUGGCAGGUUCAACAUCAGGAAGAGAAAAUGACAGCAAAGGUGAUGCAAAUAGCACAAACAUUGGUACAGAUGUGGAUCAACGAUCAGUUUCAAACCUAAAUAAGGCUGAUGCCAGUUCUUCAUCAAAGAUGUCUGAUUCAGUUUCAUCAAAUGCUUCAAAUAACAGAAGAUCAAAUGCACGGACACAUUGUAAUAACGUAAAAGUUGUCUUUCAUGCUGUGUUUUCUGCUUUCAAUUCUGAAUGAUGCAAAAGGAGGUGCUUUUAUAUGGUUGGCGCUGAAUGUUCCACACAUAAGGAUGGACGUUGUAAAGCAGUUUGAUGAUGGCAGUGUGGAGUUUACAGCAGAGUGCUAUUUGCCAAAAGAGCUAAUGGACAGGGCUAUCAACUACGCCUACUGUGUGGAUAACACCACUGGCC